AUGUUCCUGGAGGUUGCACCAGAAAUCAGCGUCCUUGUUAGUCAAACAGUUCCAGAAUUUUCCUCCGUCACUAUCCAAUGUACCGUCCGAUCCAACCCGGAGUCGCACACUAAACUACAGAAACCCACCGGUGAAGAGAUGGAGCUCCGAGUCCAAGAGACAGAUGACACAGACCGCUAUAAGAUCACUUAUACGUUUGAUAUUGACGAAGUGACUGUCUCUGACUGGGGUAACUAUACAUGUCGUGCAGAGAACGGUCUGGGAGAUGAUGUUAGAGAACGAAAAAAAGUUACUACAUUGUUUGUUGAAUUUGCACCAGAAAUCAGCGACCUUGUUAGUCAAACAGUCCCAGAAUCGUCCUCGGUCACUAUCCAAUGUACCGUCCGAUCCAACCCGGAGUCGGACACUAAACUACUGAAACCAACCGGUGAAGAGAUGGAGCUCCGAGUCCAAGAGACAGAUGAUACAGACCGCUAUAAGAUCACGUAUACGUUUGGUAUUGACGAAGUGACUGUCUCUGACUGGGGUAACUAUACAUGUCGUGCAGAGAACGGUCUGGGAGAUGAUGUUAGAGAACUAGAAAAAGUUACUACGUUGUUUGUUGAGUCUAGCCCGAGGGUAUGCACAGCAAUAGCCCGUGGGAACCCGCGAUGCAGAUGCAAUAAAAGAAGGACCCAUAUCAAAACCAAACAGAACAUCACAGCCGAAGUUUUGAAGGAGAAGAUGGAAGAAACAAAGAAACAGUUGACCCGGGACAGGGCAGCACUAUCUAGCUAUAUCUCUACCAAGAUUUCUGCCACCGAUAACCGUCCGUCCUGCAUCAGUUUGGGUUUCUUGGGCAUUGUCAUAAUUAUUAUUGCUGUGGCGUUCGUUGUAUCAGGAGAUGUCAUUGCCCUUGUCAUCAAAUUCAAACUGACAUAUUUUCAAGAUAAGACUGCUGAAAUGGAAAGUGGGCAUGCAGGUGUUGACGUUUUAGGCACUGGCGAUAGUGAUAAAACGGUUAUUGAUGAUGAGAAACCUUCAACGUCCAAUAAUUACACCAAUGAGUUCAAACCUGAUAAAACAUCUAAAACUGACGGCCACAGUGGUAUCCCAGUGCAAUACUAUUCUGACACAAAUCAAAAUAAAGAGAAUACUUCAACUAACACAAAAACCAUAAACCCGUCCAAAUCAUAUGAAACGAAAUCAUGCGGUAAAAGAAAGGCGAAAAAAAACGUAGAAAAUACGAGAAUGUCAGUUGGCACAGAAAAUGUCAAACAAACCGAGGAAACAAGAAAAUCAACAGACACAAAAAUAAAUCCAAACAAAGAAACAGCAUUAAGAUUAAACGACAAAAGUAAAAUAUCCGAUCAACCACUACCCAGAAGCCAUAUCAUAGAUCAAAUGAACGUGGUGCAAAUAUCACACUUUAAUAACGAGACGGAGAACACAGAUGCUUCUUUCGCAAAUGACUCAAAUAAGGAAAAGACAAAACGUUUACCAGUAGCUGCUGGCUCUUCUCCUGCACUGCCCAUGGAGGUAAAGCAAGCAGCUACUGCCUCAAGCGUUAAAAAAGCAACGGGAAAGUCUGGAGUCCAAAAGAGUAAAGCUAUGGCUAAAAGGAAACGCGACGGUAAACCUUUUAUAUCGACAAGUAUGGCUAUAAGGAAAAGUGACAUUAAACCUUCAACAUCAACAGGUAUGGCUAAAACGAAAAGUGCCGGUAUACCUUCAUCAAUUACAGAUAUGGCUAAAAGCAAACAUGAGGGUAAACCUGCGACAUCAAGUAUGGCUAAAAAGAAAAGUGAAGGUAAACCUCUGACAUCAACAGAUAUGGCUAAAAAGAAAGGUGAAGGUAAACCUUCGACAUCAACAGAUAUGGCUAAAAAGAAAGGUGAAGGUAUACCUUCGACAUCAACAGAUAUGGCUAAAAAGAAAGGUGAAGGUAAACCUCCGACAUCAACAGAUAUGGCUAAAAAGAAAGGUGAAGGUAAACCUUCGACAUCAACAGAUAUGGCUAAAAAGAAAAGUGAAGGUAAACCUUCGACAUCAACAGAUAUGGUUAAAAAGAAAAGUGAAGGUAAACCUCCGACAUCAACAGAUAUGGCUAAAAAGAAAAGUGAAGGUACACCUUCGACAUCAACAGAUAUGGCUAAAAAGAAAAAUGAAGGUAAACCUUCGACAUCAACAGAUAUGGCUAAAAGCAAACAUGAGGGUAAACCUUCGACAUCAGGUAUGGCUAGAAAGAAAAAUGACGGUAUAUCUUCAACAUCAACAGGUACUGCUACAAGGAAAAGUGAUGGUAAACCUUAGACAUCAUAGGUAUAUGGCGAGAAGAAACGAGAAGAAACAUGGAAAUAGGAAGGCAAACCUUCAACACUAAUAGAAUCAGUUUAGUAAUGACAAUGUAUCUUUUAAUAAAAAUAAAAAGUAAGGAAACUCCUGGUUUCAGCUCUAUUGGCUAAGAAUAUCAAAGAGAAGCCGGUAUCGACACUAUCAACUCUCUGAGGUCGGAUUGUCCUCGUAAAUAGUAGGAAGUGCGAUCAGCCAAAUGUGUCCAACAAAUAGUACGGUCCUAGACCUAUUGACAUUGAUACUGGAACAAUUAACAUUCAGCGAAACAAUCAGUUUGCAACAGACAAUAUGUUCCCGUUAAACAAGUGUAAAACGGAAUGAGUCAGUGUGGCUCGUACAUAUUAAAUACGGUCUCGGUCCCUCAACUGAUGGAGCGGGUCGGCAAUGGCUGUACAUAAUGUUAAAUACAGUCUUUGUCACACAACUGAUGGAGUGUGCCAAUGUGGCUUGUACAUAAUGUUAAAUACGGUAUUUGUCACUCAACUGAUGGAGUGUGUCAAUGUGGCUUGUACAUAGUGUCGAAUACGGUCUUUGUCACUCAACUGAUGGAGUGUGUCAAUGUGGCUUGUACAUAAUGUUAGAUACGGUCUCUGUCACUCAACUGAUGGAGUGUGUCAAUGUGGCUUGUACAUAGUGUCGAAUACGGUCUUUGUCACUCAACUGAUGGAGUGUGUCAAUGUGGCUUGUACAUAGUGUUAAAUACAGUCUUUGUCACUCAACUGAUGGAGUGUGUCAAUGUUGCUUGUACAUAGUGUCGAAUACGGUCGUUAUCACUCAGCUGACGGAGCAUGCUUCUUUGGCUCUGUAACAGGGAGGAAUGUAGCGGCCAGACCAGGGUUCGAACCCGGGACCUCCGAACACUAGCCGGAUGUUCUAUCAAGUGAGCUACCUGGUCACCUAUGAUCGACCCAGUCCAGUCCCGCUACAGGUUCAAUUGGUAGAGCCGAAGAUUAUCACGCCGGGUUUCUGUAGGGAUACUCGGUAUGAAAAUGUUUUCCAACGUUGGUGGUAUUGAGAGUCCUUUUGAAUUAUGGGUCAUUUCAAGAAAAAAACCAGGGGAGUAGUGUAAAAGGAUCAGCGAUUACAAAACAGUGCAUUCAAAAUGCAUUUUUGUCGUCCAAUGAAAACAGCAAAGUGUUGUGUAAUCAUUUAGCGGAUCACAAAAUAAACAUGGGAAAAAAGUUAUAAAAACAGAAAAUCUCUCAACAGACUCAACAAACCUCUCAUAUUGAUCCAUGAGAAAUAUUUUGUAGUUUGGAAAUCAUAUUUUGGAUUAAAACUUAGAGAUUUGU